AGACAGUCUAAGGUUAAAGUUUUGGGUGAACGAUUCUGCCUUAAGUAACUAAGGGGAGGAGAACCGCCAACCCGAAGCGACAACAAGGAGGCGACUGAUCGGAGGCGGGCAUUAGCCAGACUUUCCAGUCUGUGAGUUUGUGCUCUUCCGGAAUACUGGAAGGAGUCAGAGGUUUUGGGAACGCAGCCGAGACACCGCCUUCCUCCCCGAGCACGUCUCUCUCUUCAGAGCUCUCCCAGUUGGGAGGAGUGUCCAGUUCCCCGCGAGAAGAAGGUUUUAGGGCGCCAUUGACGCGGGCAUCGCCAGUUGCAGCGAGCUGGCUUUCUUGGGCGUUCCUCGCCCUCCGCGUUUUACUCCUUCUGCCCGAAACAGAGCAGAUUCGGCUUCCGAACCUUUCGAAAAUCGAGGCCCGCGGUGCCGCGAGGUUCUCCUCCGCCCUUUUCGAAGGCGACGCCGUCCUGCGAAUUCGCAAGACCGAAAGCGCAAUACUGUCUCCGGCGCGAGGUUGGGUCACCUGUUCCGGUCGAAGGGAGUGGGAGGAGAAGAAGAGUCAAAGGGGUGGGCGGGAGGAAAGUUUUUGGGAGAGGAAAGCCGAGCGGCUCCUAAAAAAAAAAAAAAAAAAGUUCGCUUCGAUCAGCCGGAUUCCGGAGACGAAGAGAUGGCGGCCGAGAAAAGACGGGUGGGGAAUGAUAUUAGGAGCGGCUGGUAGAAAGUAGUAGGUUAGAGUUCGGGACGAUUCGGCUGAGCCGCCGCUGAAGAGCCAGUUGGAGCGCAGGAUGUGAUGCGAAAAAAAGAAGUUGGAAGCCAGUCGCGGAAGAACCGGCGCCUCUUGGCCGAGAUUAUCGGGAGUUGGUGGGAAAGGAAGAUUCCGCCACUUCGCCACGCCGGGCAUCGUUUGGGACGCCUGGCCCGAAUUCCUUCGCCAGGGGCGCGUUUCGGAGAACUUGCCCUAGUUUGAUGGCCUCUGGCUGCAGCAUGAGGACGAACAACGGAGGCCCCGACGGCAGGAGCAGUGCCAGUUGCUCGCCUUGCGCCAUCAGCUACACCCUGCCCAUCAUCUCUUCCAACAAGCUCCCGGACCAGCGCUUCGUCAGCCGCGGGGCCUACGGGACGGUGUCCUCCGCGCGUCACGCAGACUGGCGGAUCCCGGUGGCUGUCAAGUCCCUGCAGGGGAGCCUGUUAGAAAGUGAGCGAGAGAGUCUCUUAAAAGAAGCUGAAAUUUUACAUCAGGCAAGAUUCAGUUACAUUCUACCAAUUUUGGGAAUUUGCAACGAACCUCAGUUUCUGGGAAUUGUGACUGAAUAUAUGCCUAAUGGAUCACUGAACCAACUUUUAUAUGAGAAAAACAUCUAUCCCGACAUUGCUUGGUCACUCAGGUAUCGCAUUGUGUAUGAAAUUGCUUUGGGAGUAAAUUAUCUUCACAACCUGAAUCCUCCACUCAUGCACCAUGAUUUGAAGACUCAGAAUAUUUUACUUGACAGUGAGUUCCAUGUUAAGAUUGCAGAUUUUGGUUUAUCAAAGUGGCGCAUGAUAUCCAUGUCACUUUCAAAAGGGGAUAAAUCAAUGUCUGAGGGAGGGACCAUCAUUUACAUACCACCUGAAUGUUAUAAUAGCAGCAAAAACCGUUCAAGUGUAAAGCAUGAUAUAUACAGUUAUGCCAUUAUUAUGUGGGAAGUGAUGUCCAGAAAAAAACCAUUCGAAGAAAUUGUACAUUACUUGCAAAUUAUGUUUAGCAUGUCACAAGGGAAGCGUCCAGAUGUUGGGGAAGAGACUUUGCCCCUUGAUAUUCCUUACCGAGAAUUGAUAGUGUCUUUAAUGGAAUCUGCUUGGGCACCCAAUCCAGAGGAAAGACCAUCUUUUUCAAGGUGCUUAAUAGAUCUUGAAUCUGUGAUGAGGACCUUUGAAGAGAUACCUAUGCUUGAAGCAGUAAUAGAUUUAAAGAGGGCCAAAGCACACUAUGAAUGGAAUUGCAUUCAUUUGUCUAAGAAGAUAUCCAGUGAUGAAUCAAUAUCUUUAAAUAUACCACUGAACACUAGUACAAAAGAGAAUUCCUGUUCAUCCCAAGAUGAUCAAUCUUAUCCGUCAAGUGUUCCCCAAAAUAUAUCAAAACCCUGCAACCUCCUUUCAGAUGUUAAGGAUGAACCACACUCGCUGCUCAGUUAUGUUCCACACUCCCAGAGUACUCAGUCUUGCGUAUCUCAACAAAGUUCUUCAUCUAACACAGAUAGUUCUAAUUCAUCAAAUUCCAUGCCAGGCUUGCUACAGAUAGCAGGAACCAAUCCAGACUUUAUAUUGAGGACUAUGCAGUCACAAGAUUUUGCUGUAGCUCAGAAUUGGAUCCAAACUAAAAGAGAGAUUGUCCAUCAGAUGACCGACACUUGCAUUAACCAGUGUUUAGAUGCCCUUGUCGCCAGGGAUUUAAUCAUGAAAGAAGAUUAUGAACUCAUUAACACCAGAUCUACAAGGACCGCAAGAGUCAGGCAACUGCUUGAUACUACUGACAGUCAAGGAGAAGAAGUUGCUAGAAUCAUAGUACAAAAAUUGAAAGAUAACAAACAGAUGGGACUUCAGCCUUACCCAAAUAUACCGCCUGUAUCCAGGGGCACUUCUUUGCAUCUAUAAAUGUCAGGACUUGCAAUCUGGAUUUCUAUUUCUGAAGUAUCUUUUAUGUUUCUGCUGCAUGGCUCCAAACGAGGGUCUUAGUUUGCUGGCUGAGGGGGAGGGCAUCUGGCAAAUGGAACUAUUACACAAUGUUCUUACCGUUUUUAAAAAUAACAACACACUUGGACUUCCUUACUGAAUAAAUCUGUGUUUUGUGGAAUUAUUAAAAAGAAAAUAUAAAUUAUACAAAGAAUAUAAAAUACAAAAGAAUAGGCAACUUAAAGGGCAUCCUGUCUUUUGAAGCAUUCUGUCAAUCAAAUGUAUCUUUAAAUAGGGAAGGAUUACUGGGUUAGUGAAUUUAGAAAUGUUCUAAAACACUACCCUUUAUAAAGUAUUUUGUAUGAAUAUGAACCACUUCUACAUGAAUUUGCUUGUCUUCAAUCAUGAGCUUUGAAGCAAAAUAUACAUGCCCUACUUGGCUAUGCCAAACAUUGACCAGACCUAAUGAGACAAACCCCAGAUGCAUUUUGCAAUGCAUUCACUAUCGUUUUGCAGCAUUGUAAAAUGGGGAAAAAACCCUGUAAGUUCUUGUUGAAAGGAACAUGUUCUCUGUUCAUGAUCUUUAAAGAACAUUUCAAGCCAAGAUUUGCCUGGCCCAGGGCAAAAGAACAUUAAUUCCCCCAAAGAGCAGAACCUGGUGCAAAUGAAUUGUGCUGGAAUUUAGAAAAAAAACUAUUGUUUUCAUAGAGGCCCUGUUGAUUAUAGCUCAAAUUGUUCAUAAAUACUUUGCUAAGAUGGAAAGCAAUCCAUGUUCAGUAUACC